AUGGCAAGCCGAAAUCGCUUCAAGGCAGAGGUGCCCGUGUCUGCACUGUCACAACCUUCGUCUCCUUCGUCCCCGAACGGCAGCAUGGACAGCCUCAAACAGGCGCCAUCGUCACCGUGGUAUCCCACCUUUCUUGAGAGCGUCCUGCUGGCCAUCUACCCCUUCACUCUAGUGCUGGGCUCCCUGUUCAGUGUUCUCAACAGCACCACGCGUAACACCCCCUACAGCGGCGACCUCCAGUCCCACCCUCCGUCGAUCGCUCCCUCGUACUUCGCCCUCAAGUCCAAUGUCUUCAACGUCUACUUUGUCAAGAUUGGCUGGUUCUGGAUCACUGGCGCCUUCUUCCUCUUCUGCUUCACCCACAGCUCCCUGGGUCCUCGCUUCCAACCAACCCUGACCNCCCGCCGGAUCCGCGCCAUCAUCCGAUACACUGCUGUAACUACCGUCUGGUGCGCAGUCACCCAAUGGUUCUUCGGCCCACCAAUCAUCGACCGCGGCUUUAGACUGACCGGCGGCCAAUGCGAGAUUAUCUACAAGGACGACCCCAUCAACAACUACAAGCAGGACCAGAUGAGCGACACCAGAGAGAUCUUCACUCAUGCUGCUUGCAAGAUCGCUGGUGGCUCUUGGAGAGGUGGACAUGAUAUCAGUGGUCAUGUCUUCAUUCUGAUCCUUGGCUCUGCAAUGCUCUGGCUCGAAAUUCUGCCCGACGUUCUGAGAAACGGAGGCUUGCGCGAAGACCGUCGUAUUCGCAUGCACGACGGCGCAGUCAAGACUGCCGCUGUCGAGACCCGCGACAACAAGGGCAACGUCCCCGUCCCUAACGAGUUGGGCCUGGGCGUUAGAGUUGCUCUGUGCAUUGCAGGUCUGAGCUGGUGGAUGCUGCUCAUGACUGCUGCAUUCUUUCACACCUGGCUCGAGAAGUUUACAGGCUUCCUUGUCGCUUUCGGCGUCAUCUACACCGUCUACUUUGUUCCCCGUGGAGUGCCUGCUAUCAGAAGCAUUUUGGGAAUGCCUGGCGUGUAG